UUUACUAUGGAGAUGGUUGGGUCUGAGACAGAAAGCAUACCGAAAAGCUACACUUUGAACAUGUUCAAAGACUUUGUUCCUAUGUCUGUCUUCUCUGAAACAAGUCAAGGUGCGCUUGCAAUGGAAGGAAAGGUUGAGCAUAAAUUCGACAUGAAACCGCAUGCGGAAAACAUAGAGGAAUACGGGAGAUUGUGUCGAGAAAGGACAAAUAAGUCUAUGAUCAAGAACAGGCAAAUACAGGUUAUUGAUAAUGAUCGUGGAGUGCACAUGAGGCCAAUGCCUGGAAUGAUUGGCCUGAUUUCAUCUAACCCCAAGGAUAAGAAGAAACCGAUGCCAGUUAAACAAUCAGAGGUGAAGAGAACCCGAAGGGAUCGCGGGGAACUGGAAGAUAUAAUGUUCAAGCUGUUGGAGAGACAACCGAACUGGACUUUAAAGCAACUUGUGCAAGAGACUGAUCAACCUGCUCAAUUCCUGAAAGAAAUAUUGAACGAGCUCUGCGUGUACAAUAAGAGAGGUGCCAAUCAAGGAACUUACGAGCUUAAGCCGGAGUAUAAAAAAUAUGCAGAGGACACUGCAGAUGAAUAGGUCAGAUAUAGCUGUAGCGUAACCUAAAUUUUCUUUGUCUCAUGGCAUUUACUUCAUUUAAUGGGGAACAUGUCUGAAACAACCCUUAUAGAUAGAACCAGCUUUAGGAAGAAGGAAACAUUUGAC